AUGGACCAGCCCAGACACUCCAACCAUCACCGGCGGCGGGGAUUCCGCGGCAAGAACAAUACACGACCUCGGAGAGCUCGCACUGAUGAGAGCCGUACGGAUGCUGCUUCGUCGCAAACUACCGCAGCUGCGCCUCGUCAGGCCCAGCAAGAGGAAGAUACUGUGAUGACUGGCGCAACACCGGAAGUCACGGUGCCCUUGGAUGAUGCCAAGUUUUCUGACCUCAAAGGAUCCAACCUUGUUCAUCCUACCUUGAUUGAGACCAUUACAAAUGAUCUCAACUUCUCUCAUAUGACGCCUGUUCAGGCUGCCACACUUCACGAUUUGCUUCCCCCAAGCCGCAGUGACUGUCUGGUUCAGGCAAAGACAGGAACUGGAAAGACCCUUGCAUUCCUACUUCCGGCGUUGCAGACACUCAUCACGAAUCAUCGCAACCAGGCUGAGCGAGGCUCCCCCGCUGUGUCUUUGCUGGUCAUCUCCCCGACUCGAGAGCUUGCAAUGCAAAUUGCAACGGAGGCUACGAAUCUUCUCCAGCGGUUUUCUAACUUCCAUGUUCGUCUUGCUAUUGGAGGCACGAACAAGGAUCAGGAAGAGAGACGGAUCCUUCAAAGCUGUAAUGUGCUUGUUGCCACUCCUGGUCGUCUCCUUGAUCACAUGGCCAAUGAGGAUGUUUUGUACACGUUCCGCAGUCUCGAAACCCUCGUCCUCGACGAGGCUGAUAGACUACUCGACAUGGGAUUCUCCAAGGCUCUGAGGGAGAUUGUCAGCAAGCUUCCUAACAAGAAGGAGGUGAACAGACAGGGCAUGCUGUUUUCAGCUACAAUCGCCCAGCAUGUCCACCAAGCUGCCGAUCUUGUUCUUUCACCCGGGUACAAGUUCAUUUCAACCGUCCCUGCGGGCGAGGCCAACACACAUCAGCGUGUUCCGCAACUUCUCAUCAAGGUCGACAAGUUCAGCAGCGUUGGCGCGGCUGUGGUUGGUUGCAUUCGUGAAGAAGCCAAGCAACACCAAGACUUCAAAGUCAUCAUCUUUGCUCCCACUGCUCAUUUGGCGGACUUUUAUGGACACAUUGUCUCUCAAUUGUCCGAUAUGCCACCCGUCUCCAUUCUCCAUAGCCGGAUUUCUCAGAGCAGGCGCACCAAGACCACAAAUGAGUACCGUGAUGCGAAGUCAGCCAUCCUGGUCGCCACGGAUGUUAUCGCACGAGGCAUGGAUUUCCCGGGUGUCACUACUGUCGUCCAAGUCGGCAUUCCUUCCGACAAGGAGAGUUACAUUCAUCGUUUGGGCCGUACAGCACGCGCUGGAGCGGAAGGCCGAGGAAUAUUCAUCGUCACUGAGGCAGAGUCGUGGUUCCCAAGAUGGACACUGAAGGAGAUUACGUUUAUCCCACACCCUGCUGAUGUGUCUGCAUUGGCAGAAGUUGAAGCAAUUGCUACGGUCAUGGAUGAAACCGACAGAGCCAGGAUUUAUCAGGCAUGGUUAGGAUAUUACAAGAACCACCUCAAGGGCUUCAAAUGGACCAAUGAGGAGCUGGUGGCUCAGGGCAAUACGUUUGCCCAUGAAGGUCUGGCAUGCCCUGAGACGCCGCCCAUUGCGAAGUCAACAGUUGGGAAAAUGGGUCUGAAAGGUACUCGAGGUUUGGUUGUUGUCCCGGACCCCCCGAGGGCUCGAAGUGGUAGGGCAACGCGAGGACGGGGUAAUCGUUCUUGA